CGUCGAUUGGCUUUGACUCGGGUCGCGACACACUUCGGCGGCAAGCCGGUAAGCCGGACGAGCGAGAGGACGAGGGCGGGAGAUGGCGACGCUGCAUGUGUGUCCACAGCUGGACAGCACGUCUGGCUACAAGGACAGGCAGUCCAUAUUGAGCUAUGAGGAUCAGCAAGCCAAGCUGGCCAGCUCCACGACGCUCUACGUGGGCAACAUGUCUUUCUUCACUACGGAAGAACAGAUCUACGAGCUCUUCUCGCGAACGGGCAGCAUCAAGCGGAUCAUCAUGGGCCUGGACAGGAUGAACAAGACUCCCUGUGGCUUCUGCUUUGUCGAGUACUAUACCAAUCAAGAUGCACGAGCGGCAAUGAGGUACAUCUCGGGUACCAAACUGGACGACAGAGUCAUCCGAGCCGAUCUCGACCCCGGUUUCAUUGCCGGACGCCAGUACGGUCGUGGCAGGGCAGGCGGUCAAGUGAGGGACGAGUACAGGGAAGACUUCGAUGCUGGGCGAGGCGGAUGGGGACACCUGAAAGCGCAACAGCAACGCGAAGCUGAAGAAGCAGAGCGGGAGAGACAGCAAGGUGCGCUCUACAGGAACGAUCACGAUAUGCAGGGCAUGCGAGAUGUGCCCAUGGGCGAGCAGACGGCCGAAGAAAAUAUGCGUUUCAGAAGGGAGAUAGACGAAGAAGAAGAAGCAUAAGACUUGCAAGUCUAUGCAUCGCGCUGGCCUGUACAACGCCUUUUGUCUGUUGUCUCAUCACUGCACACUCUUAUCAGACUCGUUUCU